UUUGUUACCUGGUUAUUGUGUUGGCCAAGUUGUUAUCAGACCGAAAAUCCGCGUUUGACUCGCUACAGAAACGAGAAGAAAGUGUGGAUCUUUCUUCCAUUUUUAUGUGAUCAUAGAAAAAAGAAAUAAAAUAGUCAAUUAGUAGUUGCUUUUGCAGUUCUACCUCAAAUGUGUUCAUGUCCGCUUGCUUGCCUGAGACACAAAUCCUGCCACCUACACAUUGCUGGUGUUCUGCUCCAAGUGGGAAGAGAUCGAUGCGCGCCACUGCCGGCCUCCCGUUUCUUCUGCUUCUCUUCCAUCUCCAUGGCCUCAGCCAUGCGGCGGCGCCAGCAGCCGGCGGCGGCGGUGACGGCCAGUUUACCUACAACGGCUUCACUGGCGCGGGGCUCGACCUCGAUGGCAUGGCCGUGGUGGAGCCGGACGGCAAGCUCAUGCUCACCAACGUCACGUCCCAGUUGAAGGGCCACGCGUUCCACCCGGCACCGCUCCGCUUCCACGACAGGGCGUCGGCGGCGUCGGCGCAGAACCGCACUGCCCGGUCCUUCUCGACGACCUUCGUGUUCGCCAUCGUCUCCGACUACGUGACGGUGAGCGGCAACGGGCUGGCCUUCUUCGUCGCGCCCAGCAAGAACCUGUCCGCGGCGUCGCCCAGCCAGUUCCUCGGCCUCUUCAACAACCAGAACAACGGCAACGCGACCAACCACGUCUUCGCGGUGGAGCUCGACACCAUCCUCAACCCGGAGUUCCGGGACAUCAACAGCAACCACGUCGGCGUCGACAUCAACGGGCUGGUGUCCCUCGCCGCCGAGCCCGCGGGGUACUACGCCGACGACACGGACGGCCCGGCCUUCAGGAACCUGUCCCUCUUCAGCGGCGACGCGAUGCAGACGUGGGUGGACUACGACGGCCGGGCCGCGGUGCUCAACGUGACGCUGGCGCCCGUGGAGGCGCCCAAGCCCAAGAAGCCCCUCAUCUCCGUGGCCGUCGACCUCUCGGCGGUGGUGAACGACACGGCGUACGUCGGCCUCUCGUCGUCGACGGGUCCGUUCCACACGCGCCACUACGUCCUCGGCUGGAGCUUCGCCGUGGACGGCGCUGCGCCGACGCUCGACUACACGAAGCUCCCCAGGAUGUCUCGCGUCGUCACCAAGCGACAGUCCAAGGCGCUCGACGUGGUCCUGCCGGUGGCCAUGCCACUCCUCGCGCUCGCGGUCCUGGCCUGCGUGUCCCUCCUCGCGUGGCGGCGGUUCCGGUACGCGGAGCUCCGGGAGGAGUGGGAGGUGGAGUUCGGCCCGCACCGGUUCGCCUACAAGGAUCUCUUCCACGCCACCGAUGGCUUCGACGGCAACCACCUCCUCGGCGUCGGAGGGUUCGGGCGCGUGUACAAGGGCGUCCUGCCGGCGUCCAAGACAGAGGUCGCCGUCAAGAUCGUGUCGCACGACGCGACGCAAGGGAUGAAGCAGUUCGUCGCGGAGGUCGUCAGCAUCGGCCGCCUGCGUCACCGGAACGUCGUGCAGCUGCUCGGCUACUGCCGGCGGAAAGGCGAGCUUCUCCUGGUGUACGACUACAUGCCGAACGGCAGCCUGGACAGGUGGCUGUACGACCACGGCACGCCGCCACUGAGCUGGGAGCAGAGACUCCGCACCAUCAGGGGCGUCGCCGCCGGCUUGCUCUACCUACACGAGGACUGGGAGCAGGUGGUCAUCCACCGCGACGUCAAGGCCAGCAACGUGCUCCUCGACGGCGAGAUGAACGCUCGGCUCGGCGACUUCGGGCUGGCGCGGCUGUACGAGCGCGGCGCCGGCCCGCAGAGCACGCACGUGGUGGGCACAAUGGGGUACCUCGCGCCGGAGCUCGCGCACACCCGGCGCGUGACGCCGGCCACGGACGUGUUCGCGUUCGGCUCCUUCGUGCUCGAGGUGGCGUGCGGCCGGCGGCCCAUCGAGCGCGGAGACAACGACGGCCGGUUCUUGCUGGUGGACUGGGUGCUGGAGCUCUGGCACAUGGGUGCGCUCGCCGACGCCGCGGACACGCGGCUCUGCGGCGACUACCCCGCAGAGGAGACCGAGCUGGUGCUGAAGCUGGGCCUGCUGUGCUCCCACCCGGUGCCCGCCGCGCGGCCGUCGAUGCGGCAGGUGGUGCAGUACCUCGACGGCGACGCGCCGCUGCCCGAGCCGCCGGCGUCGUACCAGAGCUUCACCGUGCUGGCCAUGAUGCAGAACCAGGGCUUCGACUCCUACGCCGCGUCGUAUCCGUCCUCAUCAGCGACUGUAACGAGCCAGUACCUGGGCAUGUUCAACGGCACCGACAACGGCGACGCCCGCAACCACGUCUUCGCCGUCGAGCUCGACACCGUGCGCAACCCGGAGUUCGCCGACAUCAACAACAACCACGUCGGCGUCGACGUCAACAGCCUCAACUCCACCGCGGCCGCGCCGGCGGGGUACUUCGACGACGACGACGACGGCGACGGCACGUUCCGGAACCUGAGCCUGAUAAGCAGGGACCCCAUGCAGGUGUGGCUGGACUACGACGCCGCGACGGCGGAGGUCACCGUGGCCAUGGCCCCGGCGCGCCGGCCCAGGCCCCGGAGGCCGCUCAUCUCCACGAAGAUCAACCUCUCGAUGGUCAUCACGGACACGGCGUACGUCGGCUUCUCGUCGGCGUCCAGCAUCGUGCUUGUCAAGCACUACGUGCUCGGCUGGAGCUUCGCGCUCGACGGCGCCGCUCCGGCUCUCGACUACGACAAGCUGCCGAAGCUGCCUCGCAUCGGCCCAAAGCCACGGUCCAAGGCGCUGACCAUCGCGCUGCCGAUAGCCACCACGGUGUCCGUCCUCGCAGCGGUCGGCGUCGCGUGCUUGGUCCUCCGACGGCGGCUCAGGUACGCCGAGCUGCGCGAAGACUGGGAGGUGGAGUUCGGGCCACACCGGUUCGCGUACAAGGACCUGUACGACGCCACCGGUGGCUUCAGGGACAAGCGACUGCUCGGAGCAGGCGGAUUUGGCAGGGUGUACAGGGGCGUGCUCCCGGCUUCCGGGACCGAGGUUGCCGUGAAGAAGGUGUCUCACGAGUCCAGGCAAGGGAUGAAGGAGUUCGUCGCCGAGGUUGCCAGCAUCGGCCGUCUCCGGCACCGUAACCUUGUGCCAUUGCUCGGCUACUGCCGGCGCGAAGGGGAGCUCUUGCUGGUCUAUGACUACAUGCCAAAUGGCAGCCUCGACAAGCACUUACACUGCCAUGGCGGCGACGACAAGCCCGUCCUGGAUUGGGCUCAGAGGCUUCACAUCAUCAGAGGUGUGGCGGCAGGGCUACUCUACAUGCACGAGGAGUGGGAGAAGGUGGUUAUACAUCGAGACAUCAAAGCAAGCAACGUGCUCAUCGACGGCGAGAUGAACGGGCGGCUGGGUGACUUCGGCCUUGCGAGGUUGUACGACCAUGGCACGGACCCACAGACCACGCAUGUGGUCGGCACCAUGGGGUACCUGGCCCCGGAGCUGGUGCGCUCCGGCAAGGCGACCACACUCUCCGACGUGUUCGCCUUCGGCGCGUUCCUACUGGAGGUUGCCUGCGGCCGGAGGCCCAUCGAGGAGGAGGAGGAACAUGACGCCGCCGCCGUUGGGGUUGGGGACCGGUUCGUGCUCGUGGACUGGGUGCUCGGGCACUGGCGCAAGGGCUCCAUCACCGGCGCGGUGGACACUAGGCUUGGCCUGGAGUACGACGCCACGGAAGCCGAUCUGGUGCUGCGGCUGGGGCUGGCGUGCCUGCACCCGUCGCCGGCGGCGCGGCCGACCAUGCGGCAGGUCACGCAGUACCUCGACGGCAGCGCGCCCUUGCCAGAGCUGCCCGCGACCUACCUGACGUUAGACACGCUCGCGGGCAUGGAGGGGCACCACUCUCUCUUCGACUCCUGGUUCGUCUGGCGUCCAACCUCGACGGCGGCGACGAGCGUCGCCACCAUGUCUGGAAUCGCGCUCUCCGGCGGCAGAUGAGAUGACACGGACAGGUACGAGUCCGCCCUUUGGAGUGGAGGCUGCGAUUGGGGGAGCGAUGCUAAUUGUGAUGUUCCACUGCGAUUUGGCGUGAUGCUAAUUUUGAUCAUAUAUGGAUAAUCUUAUCGAGUAGUAUUUGUUUGUUCUUAACACAAAAUUUGUUGAUCACAAAUUGUGGUAUCCCACUGGAUGAGGACAAACAACCCUAAUCUUAAUCCGUUCUCUAGGUAUGCUCUUACCAAACUUCUCAGUCAGAGUACAUGUGCGUCAGAGUUCUAUAUUGUAAUUACUAGUAUCUUGAAAAUAGAUAAUAGUUCACUAACUUUAUGUCUAUGUGUUCUUCUGUGCUAUAGUGUCAAGUGUCAAUCGAGAGAGAGGUAGGGAGAAAAGUUUUAACGACAGGUAACAUGUUUCACAGCACAAACUAAUAUGAUUGGAAAUUCCUCUUU